AUCUCUAUCUUAGCACUAAAUUGUGCUAGCACGGAUCUGCUGAGCCGGUUCAUCAAAUAAGUGGGUCAGGCGCUGCACUAACAAGUCACGACUACAAAGAAGCAAAGGGGAGAUAUCUCGGUCUCCAAUGCUCCAGUUAGUAAUUGAGAGAAGGAAAAGAAGGUUCGGCCAAAAGAAAUGAGGGAUAAGUAAGAGGGGUUGUAAUUUACGUUUAUUAGCAUCUGGAGGAAGAGAAGUAUUUAUCGGUCGUGAGAAAAGAAAGCUCAUAAGAAGAAAAAGGGGUGCUAGCUUUAAUAGAAAACGUUCUCGUUCUCCUCAUUCAUUUUUUUUUCCUGAUAACAACUUAUUGACUAAAAUCGUGUCCUUGGCUUGACCUGUGCGUCUGACUAGUUGACAAAGAAAGAUAGAAACGAAGGGGUAAAUUCCGGGAGGGAAUAUUGCGCUAGGGUUUCUGCCAGAAAAGCCCGUUAAAUUUGAAUGUCGGAGUCUUUCCAUCAAUUGACCCUCCAGAACGCUUUAAAUCUGCUGUUUUCUUGAAAAUUAAAGAUUUAUAGUACUAUCAAUCUUGCUUCAGUAACUUCUGCGAUUUUCAGCCAUGACUGAGUUUUGGGUUAGUCAGGGUAACAAAUGGUGCGACUUCUGCAAAAUUUUCAUAUCCAACAAUCCUUCCAGCAUUAGGAACCAUGAGCUUGGUCAACGUCACAAAGAUAAUGUUGCCCAAAGGCUAAAUUCCAUGAGAGAGCAGAAACUUGCUAAAGAGAAAGAACAAAAGGAAGCUGCCCGUGCUCUUGAACAAAUUGAAGCAAAAGCUAAGCGCAGCUAUCAGAAGGAUAUGGCAAGUUUCCAGGAAGCAAGAGAUUCUAAUUUACAGGCAUUGGUGACUCAAGGUGAUGGCAAUGGGACUGCUAAUGGGUUUUCUAGUGAGUGGGAGAUGGACGGCUCAUCAGGCUACUACUACAAUCAAACCAGUGGUUUCUACUAUGAUCCAAAUUCUGGCUUCUACUACACUGAAGCUCUUGGUAAAUGGGUGCCACAAGAAGAGGCACUUGCGUCAAUUCGCGAUACUUCAGGAUCCAUCCAAAAGAAACUUGCCCUUAAAAAGCCAUCAUCAUCAGAAGCUGGACCAUCAACGUUGCAUAAUAAAGGUUCUGUAACCUCUCAAAGUGCACCCCCACCUGGGCCCGUUGUUUCAAAUGCAUUAAAUCCUAUGAGAACUGCCAAGGGUGCUCCUUCAAAACUCACUCUCAACAAGCGGAAAAGGCAAGAUGAGAAGCCAAAAGUUGUAUCUGCAGAGGAAGUAGCUGCGCUUAAAGCAAGGGAAGCUGCUAAGAAAAGAGUUGAAGAGAGAGAAAAGUCGUUGCUUGGUUUGUAUAAGCACUGAAUUGUACUUGCGUCUGAUCUCUCCUUUUGAACAUAGCAGGUAUGACUUGCGGAGGAAAGUCUAGUUUUGAUUUAGAUUAAUAAAAGUUUAACGUAUUACAUUCCUGACAGCCAGAACAUUUGCUUGGUCCAGUAACUUCUUUUGAAUCUGAGGACAAAUUAAGUCCGAGAGUUUUUCCUUAGCUUCAUCUCCCUGUCCUCACCCUUCAAUGUGCUAAAUGGUAUUCUUCGACUUUUUGCCUGUUUGAUGUGACAUAUUUCCAUUUUGAGGUGCUUUGGCUUUCAAUAUAACUCCUGAAUGUGGACAAGAACUUAUCUAAUUUCACAUGUUAUGUUCCUAUCCUAGGAGAGCAUUCUGUCAACCCAUUUGUAUAUUUUAUUUAUUCUUGAGUGAAAUAUGAUGUAUCUUCUUAGGAGGGUAUCAUUAUUCAGGGACUGGUGCCAGAACAAAUGUCUUGUUCUAUGUAAUGCUGGAGGAAAUCGAAAAACAGUAAAACAUGACAGUCCAUUGAUAAUGGACAAACAUUUGUUUUCAAUGAUUUAUAGAUGAGCAUGUGAAAAGGGUUUAUGUGGCAGUUGUAGUAGCUUGGUUGGGCCAUAGGCUAAACCACUUAAAAACCCAAGUGAUGUUCUAGUCCCUGUGAACUUGGACUUUUGCCAUCGGGUCCUGAUAAGUUUCUUUGAUGAAGGAAGGAAAUUAUUGUAAACUUGCACUGUUUUUCCAUAAAACUUUCACAGUUGGUGGUGCAAACAUAUCUCAUAAAAGCACACUUUCAUGCCAAGACAUAAAGCAAUCAAGAAAAAAGAAAAAGCAGGAGGGUCAAAAGAAAGAAAUCCGGUUCACCUUUGGCCAUACCCACUUUGACUACUCUUUCGGUACAUCACUGACUGAUUGGACUUUCCCACCCCCUUCUGAGCACGUGUAUGUAGUUGGAGGUUUUACUUUUGAUGUGGGGAUUUUGGAGUCUGGAGAUCUCAACUGACUAUCGAUUGGUUACCUGUAUGCAGUGCAGGAAUUGUGUAGUACAGUACUUUCUGCUGCAUUGCAGAGUGAGUCCUGCAAAGGCCUUGUACAAUUCCUUCGUGGGCCAGCCAAUUAUAGAUGAAAAUACAGGUUGGGAAAGGAGAUCUUCAAGCUACCCUUUUAUCGUCUUUUCAUCUUGGCAGUGGACUGAUACGAACAAUUUAACAGUGUCGGCUGUGCUGUUUCCGCUGGAUGUAAACGGUGGUGGGUUGCAUUGUACAAUAAGAAACGAAAUACUAUUGUGGAAUCUCUUUGUUGGUAUACUAGAAUAUGUUAGAUUUUGAUCUGUUUUUUCAGAAAUGAUUCUGCAGCAUGAUGCGUUUGUGUGGGAGUACUACAUGCUCUCUAUCUUUUUUACACAUAUGACUACUUAUGCAGUUCUGCUUUCUUAUCUAUUAAAAGCCUUCUUCGUGUC